ACUGCGAUCUCUCUCUCUCUCUCUCUGCCUGCUCAGAGACAAGAUGCUGGUUGUGUUCCGAAACCCAAAAGAUACAGUCGUAUCAUACUACCACUUCAUGAACACAAACCCUGUUUUGCCUAAUGCCAAAUCCUGGGAUUCAUUUUUCACGGACUUCAUGGAGGGUGAAGUGGCUUGGGGCUCUUACUUCAACCAUGCCCUCGCCUGGGAGAAACUAAUGGACAAUCCUAACAUAUUGAUGGCCACUUAUGAGCAAAUGAAGGAGAAUCUAGGUCAGGGGGUGCAGCAGAUAUCCAAGUUCUUUGAUUUCUCAUUGACUGAAGAGCAAGUCCAGACAAUUGCAGGGCAGAGCACCUUCAAUGCUAUGAAGGAAAGUAGUUCCAAGAACACCCAUGGAAAACAUGGCAAUGUGUUUUUCCGAAAAGGUGAAGUUGGAGAUUGGAAGAACCAUCUAAGUGAAGCCCAAAGUAAACAGAUGGACGAGAAGUUUGAGAAGCACCUGGCUCACACUAAACUGGGGGCUAAGUUAAAAUAUGAUAUUUACUGCAAGUAGGGAGUUGAAAUUUCCAGAUCCAAUGCAGAAGGAGCAUAUUCAGAAGAUUGAAAUAGAAAAAUGUUGCUCAUGUCUACAGUAGGCCUAAACCUUCUGUAAUAAUACUCAAAGAUACAUUUAUAACGCAGAGAACUAGAGAUCAAUGCAACUAGUUGUUUUUCAGUUCAGCAUCUGUUUAGAAUCUGUGUAGGGGUUCCAGUUUGGACUCAUAGCUACACGUGGCAAGUUCUCAUUGGUCCAAACUAUCUACACAUUAAUAAAGCCUGAAACGGGAUCCUUUGUAUUCGGCCAAUUUUACUGCAACAAAUUCUAAUUGGUUAUUAACCACAGGCUAGGUUUUGGUAUAAACUACAUCUUGUCUCUUUGUUCAAUGAAGAAACAACAAGAACAGGGAAGAAUGAACAUCAACCAUCCACUUUCCAGCAUAACAACUAUGAUUUGUUAUUUUUGAAUUAAUAUAUUUUUCUCCCCCUUAUUUGUUUUGAGGGCUGUGUUGUCGAAAAAUAACAUAAACAGAAUAACCAACCAAA